AGUUUUUCUAAAAAAUGGUAUCCAAUUGUUGAUUGUAAGAUCGAUUAGACUAUUCUCACAACUAUUCCCGUUCACCUUAAAAACCCUAUGAACUUCCAAAAUUGAUUUCAAACCCUAGAAUCCGAUCCACCGCCGUCAGCAGCUCCUUGGUUGAUCAAAACCAGGCAAAUAGGAAAAAAAGAAAAAAAAGAAAUCUUUGAUUGAUGGGCACAUCUGCAGAAGAAGAGUAUGGUGCAUUCUUGGUAAAGGUUAAAAGGACAAUUUAUGUGGACAACUUGUCACCCAAAGUUACUGAACCUGUGAUGAGAACUGCUUUUAAUCAGUUUGGGAAUGUGAAGAGUGUUCAGUUCAUCUCUAUGUAUCUGGAACCGAAAAAUGCGCCACAAGCUGCUCUUGUGGAGAUGGAGAACCCGAAACAGGCUAGGGCAAUCAUAGAUGAGAUGGGGAGUUACCCUUUCAUGAUACUAGGGAUGCCAAGGCCUGUCAGGGCUUCUGCUGCUCGACUGGAGAUGUUUGAUGAUCGUCCCAGAAAACCAGGACGAAAGAUAAUAUGUCGUUGGUUGGAUCCUAAGGAGCCCGAGUUUGAGGUAGCCAAGAAACUCAAGUGUGCAGUCAGAAAGCAUGCUGCAGAAACAUUAGGAAUGCUUGAGGUUAAUCUGGAACAACGAGCAGAAGAAGAGAAACUUGCAAGCCAGCAAAGUGAGACAUUGCAAGCACAAUACAAGAAGUAUGAUCUAUUGCAGGCAGUCUUUGAAGAUGGGAGUGCUAAACGUUUGGGACGACACUAUGAGAUGCCCGUUGCAGAUGCAUGAUCACGUUUUAUGGUGGAUUUGUAGGUAGGAUGUAGAAAACCUUGUAGGGGUAAUAUAUUCACUCCCAAUUCUCUUUAAAAUUUCUUUGGAGUUUCUCUUAUGACAUUAGCUUUAUUUAACGAAAGUUUUCACUACUAUGUUUGUGAGAUGAAUCUCCAGCAGAAGCUAAUGUAAAUUCUUAUUAUAUGAGAGAAAUGAGAUUGGAGUAUUGACUAUUAA